AUGGCAUCAAAUGUGCUUCCACCGGAUCUCAAGAUCAUCUCGUCUCUGCGUUACGAUCCUGCGCUCGCAGCCAUAGGCAAGCAAAGAGCCGCAAAAACCUCACCCGAUGCCUUGAGUACACCGUACUACCUCCUCCCUUAUCACCAAGAACGGCUCCGAAAUGCAGCGACGUGUUUUGACUGGGAAACUGCUUUGGCUUUUCUGGAGCAAGGCACAAAUGAGUUUGUCAAAUUUCUCGACACUUUCAUUCCGGAUGAUACCAAACCCUGGCGCCUCCGCAUUGUUAUGGAUAGAUUGGGCACGUGCGAGGUCGAGGUCAACCCAGCAACAUCGAUGGAUCCGCUGAACUUUCUACUUCCCUCCGAUACGAGCCCUCAAACCACGACAUGGCUGGUCUACGUCGAUACCGAACGCAUAGCCCCCUCCGAAUUUACGACGCACAAGACUACAGCCCGCGACUUCUACACAGCUGCAAGGCUUCGGUCGGGAAUUGUUUCUCUACUAGAGCAGGCGGAAGUGCUUCUGGUAAACCCAGCGGGUCACAUAAUGGAGGGCAGCAUCACAACGCCAUACUUCAGACGAAGGAACACUGCGGGAGGGGAAGGAGGCCCAGCGUGGAUCACACCGCCGCUUUCAAGUGGUGGCAAUGCUGGAACGACAAGACACUAUGCUUUGGCAGAAGGGUUUUGCACGGAGCGCACAAUAGCAGCCACUGACCUAGUCGAUGGGGAGGAGUGUUGGCUCAGUAAUGGUGUGAGGGGGUUCAUCCGCGGUAAAAUCGUACUAAAGCGCAUCCCCAACGCCACCCCAGCUUCAGUGCCUUUCCCCGUUGCCCCCCCUCCCAAUUCACUCUGCCUCAAUCCAUCAAUCCAGUCUAAUGUCUCCACCUACGACUACUCCUUCCCGGCCGUGUCGCUGGCCUACUUCCUUCGCUAUCCUAACCCUUACUCUCGCCAUGUCCUGACCACCGAUGUCAUUGACCGCUAUGUUGAUCCCGCGACCCAGCGUCUCCACACCAUCCGUCUCCAUCUGAAGAAAUCCAAAGUUCCUUCGGGAAUCCUUAAGUUGCUUCCCAAGGGAAUUGGUGGAUCCGACAAUUCCGGCCAGAGCUACAUCCUUGAAACGACUAUUGUCGACGCCAAAGAGGGCUGGAUGCAGACAGAAUCGCGUAAUAUGGAAUGGACGGGGAUCUUGAGUGUGGUGGAGAAGCAAUUCUACCAGAGUCAGCCGCUCGAAGGCGCUAUCGACGCGCUUGAAGGGCUUUCUCUCGAUGACAAGAGAAGCGAGCAGACUACGGUACGGACAACCGUCACUUUCCGCUCCCGGUUUGGUCAAGGAAAGUUGCUAGGUAGAAAGAAGGCCGAGCCGAGUAGCGAUCACAACGGGGAUUACGAGGAAGAGGCUCCUAAAAGGGGCUUUUUCAGCUCGUUGUCCACGGCGGGAAUCCAACGCACAAUUGAGUUGAUUGGGUUGAAUCGUACCCGGGAUGCUGUGCUUAAGAGCAAGCAAGGUAUGAAUGUGGUCCUUGAGCGAUUGCGCAGUGGGGGCAUCGUGGGCGUUCUUGAAGGCAUGCGUCAAGAUCGAGAGGCUAUCUAUGGGCCGGAGGGUGGUCCUUGGAAGCGUGUUUGGCUAGCGGGCAACGGGCAUGCGUCUACUGAAGAUGAUGACCACUGAUUUCGAUAUUCUCAACUACCUGGAAGGAAAGGCGAUUAACACUGGGAAACAUACAUGCGGCAUUCAAGCGUGGCGCUCUGGCGUUUGGGACAUUUAUUGUUUUGUUUGCGACGGACACUCUCCUAUUUUCUUUGACACUUUAUCACCAUCACAUCAACAUCAACACCAACAUCGGACAUAUGCAUGUUCUCGAACUAGGUAUACGACGAGCCAUGUUACGGAUCAAAACAUUGUGUAUAUUAGGAAAAGGUUGGCGACCGGUCGGCUACUUUUACUGAAUUCGGUGGCACCUAUUGUACAAUAUCAUCAACUUCACAAUUACUUUACUUGUUUUCUUUGCACGCGUUAUCUAUUCUGUAUCAAUCGUAAGAUAUAAUGAUUGAUAACUAAAGUC